UAAUUUAAUUUAAUUUAAUUUAAUUUAAUUUUUUUUAAUUUAUGUAUUUAUUUGUUUGUUUAACACAAGGUGACAAAACAUAGUCCACACAUAAUGAUAUUUAAUAAACUAAUCGUUUUUUCAUUUAUUUUUACCUAUAUUUAAAAUCAUAAAAUGAUUACACCACCGACCCAAACAGUCAAAAUCACAGAAAAAUAAAACAAUGAUGUAUUUCGAUAUUCAAUUAUUCCGGCAGAGGGCAGUAUUGCACACGGUGCAACCAGAGUGAAAUUUGAAACUGAAGAAGAAGCAGCGCUUGGGCUUGAGGGUUUGUUUAACUUAAGCAGGGCACUCCUCAAGUUAUACUUAUCGUUAAAUGGAAACUAGUAUGAUCCCCCCAGCUCCACCUCCACCCCCGUCGGUAAAAACCAAGGCCCGUCAAAGUCGUGAUCCACCAAGACCUCAACCUGCUGCAAUUCCAUUUACCUCUGAUCCUCCCAAACCUCCUGUCCAGGAAACGGGUCACGGACCGGAUCAGAACCACCAGCCUGAAGAACCUUCCUCCUCGCCUCUCAUUGAGGAAAAUGGACUCCAGUCUCCACCGCCAGACAGUCAAGGUGACAAUCCUCCCGGUGGGGAAACGAUACUCCCGCCUGUGCAGGAAACCAGCCCCGCAGCAGAGGCCCUGAACAGCCAGCAGAAUGAGACGGCGGUCGAAGAGGAUCAAACAUAAGAGCGUGAAGUCAUCCGUGAAUUAUAACUGUUAGAACAGGUAUCUUGAUGAUUAUGAAUGAUUAAUAAGAUCUCAGUGAUGGUAAAACAUGGAAGCUGGAGACAUGUUCAGGUAAAACUAUUUAGUUCUGAUUGUUGUUCCUGUGCUGAGGAUAUCAUUUUGUAACUUCAAUUUUUUCCUUUGUUUUUUCAUUUCCACAAAACAAGAGAUCUUGAAAAUGUUCUAAUACGAGGGAAAAGAAAGGGAACAAAGAACAAAACAUGUUUUUCUGCCCCUUUUACAUUUUUUUUGAUAAACAAAUGCAUAUUAGAGUAACAAUAUGCAUAUAUAUACAAAUAUAUGCAACUUAAAAAUAAUGAUAAAAAAGGUACUGUAUCUAAACAUACAUUUCUACAGGAUAGCAUAUAAGUAUGUUGGUGUUUUUUUUAUCAAACUGUUUUGUUAAAGCUUGUACAACCACAACAUGUCAUAAGAUUUCUAUACAUUUGGGAAUAUGAGUUUCUUAUUUUCUGUCGUUAUUUUUGUUCAAACUUCUUGUGGUAGGAUAAAUACUGUAAUUUAGCUCGUUUUUAUGGGAGCACUUAUUUUCUUUCAUAUUUUGUGCAAUCAUGAAUUUUUAAACUUACAAAAAAAUUAAGGUACUACAACCCAAGCACUUCCAGAUUUUUUUCUGCAAGUUUAGAAAAGCCGCGGGGGAUAAACGUGUUUAUUUUUGCUCUUUUAUUGUAAUUUUUUAUUUAUUUCGGUUGACACUGUAAUAAUUCCUAUGUUAAAUUUUGCACAUUUUUGCAACUACAGUUGAUAUGUCGUCCAAUGUGAAAUAAAGAGCAUAAAUAUUUCCAAC